AUGUUUUUGUCGCCGGUCUCCUCUAGUCGACCACAGCAGAAAACCAGGCAGGAACACUCCCAGUUGACCACAAUGAAACAGCCAGACACCUCAUUCUCAACAGCAUCCUCAUCCGAGUCAUCGCAGGAGUCGUCCUCAUCAGCAGCAACCGAAACAGAGUCCUCAUCAAGCACCUCAAGCUCAGCAGCCCUGCAAAACCAACUCAUCCACAAGAUCAUCUAUUCGGCCGGCCUCGACCAUCAAUCCAACCCGCUCCUAGUCAUCUCAGCCUCGAGCUUCCCGGCCAAACUCCCAGCCCAUCUCACCCUCGACUCACUCACCCAGCAGGCACUCAGCCUAUUCUCACCCAUCAUCUCAAACGGACCCUACUCACUCGUCAUCUUCGCCUCACCCGCCGAACAUGCACCGACUGUCAAACAGAUCCUGUUCUCCUACAGACAAUUCAGUCGGCCAAUCAGAAAAAACCUCACCGCACUCUGGGUCGUCCAUCCCACCUUCUGGGCCAAGACUACCGUACAGGUUCUCCUCAAGACCAUCGUGAGCUGGAAGAUGUCUCGCAAGAUCAAAUGGAUCAAGGAUCUCUCAACACUUGCAAGCCUGGUACCCAUCCAUCAGAUUUGCAUCCCGCCAGAGGUGUACAAGUACGAUCUGACAAUCGAACCAGCCAUCACCGUCCCACCCUCCUUCCGCAAGCCCCCAGUCUUCAAAGUCUCCCUAGAAGAAUUGAUGGGAGUUGAGGGGCAGGAUGGGAUCCCGCAAGUCAUCCAAGACUGUGCAAACUGUAUCAGAUCAUCGGGGAUGAAAUUCGAGGGACUCUUCCGCAGACCGCCUUCCCUCACCACCACUCAAAUCAUCAGGGAUGCCUACGACCGACGCCAGCCAGUGAAGAUGGAAGACUACGCAGACGGGCCUUUCCUCGCAGCCUCGUUGAUCAAGCUAUUUUUACGAGAGCUGCCCCAGCCGAUCUUUCCUGCGGACUUCUAUUCUCUCUUCAGAGCCUGCCCACCGAUCUAUGCCCAGCCUAUCAUCCCCUCUCAUCACGAUCAAUCAUCCCUCAAUACCCACAACCAGGCAGUACUCGACUAUCUCCGGGAACACAUCCUGAAGGACUUGAGACCGAAACCGGCCCACAUCUUGCUCGAUUACGUCCUCAAACUCUGCCACGACUUGGCCCUCCAUUCUGAACACAACAAGAUGGAUGCUCACAACUUGGCCACCUGCUUGGCUCCCACCAUGAUCCGAUCAUCCGACUUGAUUUCAGAUGCAAUGAUGUGCAAGUUACCCAGCCCAUCAUCGACCAAGGGUUCCCCCGAUCAGGCCGACCAAAGCAGCCCGGAACCCACCAGUUUCAUCUGCAUCUUGAAAUUCAUGAUCUCUUGUUACCCUUUACUAUUUGACGAGCCCCAAGAGCCGAUCAGUCCAGCUUGUUCGAGCUUAAGCAGUUCGUCGAUGUUCAAAGACAGCCACUCGACGAUGGACCUUUCGCUAUCCUCAUUCCGUGCAACGUCCUCCGCGACGGGACGAACGGGGACGUCGUCGGUGUAUGAGGGGAGCGACGACCCGAGCAGUCUUUUUCAGAAGCUGUUCGGCGUCCGACGACCGACGGCCAGCUACCUCCCUCCUCUACGAUGCACGAUUUCCCACGUCGGACUCUCCCAUGCCUUCUCGCUCGCCGACAGACGUCGCAGCCGGCUGCUCCAGGGUCCCGCCGGGUCCUCAUCACAUCAUCCAGACCAGAAACUGCUCAGACACUCUUAUUGA